GCCUUCAGCUUCCGCCCUCCCUGCACUCCGCUGGAUGUUGCCUCGCCUUAUCAGAGCACCUGGAGCUGCACCGACAACCUCACCGAUGCUGCGCCAGUGCACUGGACAGGCGACGAGCUCGACUGGGUAGGUUUGGUGCGCGUGGGUGAUGCCGUAUACCGCUGGCUGGGCGCACCGGUGCUGGAGAUUGCAGCUGCUCGCCAGAUAAGUGUGGAGGUCUUGCCUACGCUGAGCCGCUAUGUGUUUCAGGCAGGAUCGGCGACACUGACAGUGGAGUUUCUGACGCCGGCCAUUGAUCACGACAAGGACUACGUGUGGGCCACCUGCCCUGUCACAACCGUCAGCUUUAAGCUUGAAGGAAGCCCCUCCGCGGAGGUCUACUUCGACAUGUCGGCUGCGACUGCGACGCAGAAGGAUGAUGAGGAGGUCACCUGGUCGCGGGACGCGGGCCCUGGGAUAGAGGUCAUCCGCGCGGGAACCACCGCACAGAAG